UAGGCUGAGGUGUUCUUUCACAGUUAUGGGGCUCCCUGUGGAUUUACGUUUGAAAAAAGAGAAGAAAAACAUAGGACGUCACAGAAAAGAUGUCAUAGUGUAUGUUUUUCUAAUGUGGUGUCUGUAGUUGUCCAUAUGCCCUUCUACACGAGGGAUAUGUUUUAAGAAUUUUUUUUGGCUCUCAAUAAUAAUGUUAUUACCUACCUUUUUCUGUGUCCUCUUGUUAAGAAAUACUAUGGUUUUUGUUUUAUUGCAGCCGUCCUACUGCACUCCAAGAUAGAACUAGGGACAGUGAUGAGGAUGACCUUCAUGAGAGAGAUUAUGAUGUAGGAGCUCUCGCAAACAACUUAAAUCAGUCAUUUAGGUAUAAAAUUUAUGGGAAUGAGGACGCUGAAGAGGUAAUGUGCUGUUUCAUAUCUAUGAAAUGAAUUUCUGCUUUUCAGCCUGCAUUUGAUAUCAUUCUGCUUCUUAACUUCUUUUUCCAUUUUAGCAGGAAAAUGGUGGCCUUGAUAGAGAUGAUGAGGUUAGUCCUUCUAUUCUUUAUCAAUUAUUCAGGAAUGGCUUCUGAAUAUUCAUUACUUAAGGGAAAAACUGUAAUAGAGAAGAUGAAAAUGAGUGAACAGUUUGUCUUUUACCUACUGUAAUGGGACUGGCUUGUGAUACUCGAUAUGCAGGAUGUCUACUUUGACGAUGAUUCUGCUGAAGUAGUUAUAUCAUCUCUCAGACUUGGUGAUGAGCAAAGGUGAGUGUUUUUCACUCAAUUAUUUUCACCUGUACCAGAAACAAGUUUGUUUCAUGGUCAUUCUAUAAACCUCUUGUGCUUUCAAUGCAGCAAUCUAUUCACAAACUCAAACUGGUUUGUGUUCAAUGACGAGCGAGUUGGCGGUGAACCUGUCAGCACUUCUUCAGCUAUGGAUGUGAUGGAAGAGAUCAACUUGAACGGGAAUAAUGCGAACAGUGUUGGUGGUAACAGCAGUAGUGAUGACGAGGUGGUGGUGGGAGAGGAUGAAUUGACCACCGAAACCAAAGAUGAUUCAAUUUCUGCUGGUGGUGGUGCAUCCACUUCUGACGCCAACGACUUCAAUGGUUUCCCUAGUAAUGGACCAAGUCCACAGACCAAUGAUGAGACCACUGAUGCGGGCUUCUUCAAGUUCGAGACUCCAGAGGCCGAGGACUUAUUUGCAGAAAGGCCAUUGCCUGAAUGGGUAGCGUGGGGGUCAUCGGACCUACCAAUUGGCGGUUCGUCCAGUCUGAAUCCAUUCCUUGAUCAAGACACCCCUGAUGAUGCCAAUAUUUCCAAUCAAGCAGAUGUGGCUACGACCGAAGUUAGUUCUGAAGAACCUGUACUGCCAAACGGUUCCUCUCCAACCAGGGAGUCUGGCAGUGGCAGUGAUGGUUCUGCAAAGAGCGAUUCAAGUCUGAGAGCAGUCACUGCAGUGCCCUCGCUGUUCGAGGAGGACGUGGAGUUUGUAGGGGUGGAACCUGAAGGUACUGAGAAGGCGAUGGAUCAGGCUCUGAAGGAAGGGAUUGUCGGUGAAGCUGGACCAUUGAAGAGGAGCAUGGCUCCUCCGCAAUUGGCAGAGAAGGAGAACCCAGAUGAUGGUAAGGAGUUCAACGACGCCAACUAUUGGAGGGUUGAUCAAGAGGUUGCCGUUAUCGAGUGAUGGAUGGGUUGGUGUUCUUUUUCUUUUUCUUCUUCUUCUCUGUCUCUUGUAAACUGGACAACAUAUGGAAUUGAAAGCGUAGAACUACAGCGGGGAUGAUGCCCCAGAACCCUGCAGGGUGUCUUUUAAGGGUUAGCUGAUUUUAUGUACAGUGUAAUUUUUGGUGGAGUUUUUUAUGGUCCGGUUGGGUUGGGGGGAAUGGAUAGAGUCAUAGAGAGCUGUGUUUAGUGACACCUUUAAUCUUUGGUUAGUGUCUGUCUUUAUUAGUUAUAUUGUCGAUUUAACUGAACUGAACUCUUGCUCAACCUCCAGCUGUUGUCUUCUAUCUUCUCUACAAAGCACAAACUAAUGCUGGGAAGAGAUUGGUGCAGUAGAAAGAAGGCAAAUUCGUUGGUUGGUUCGACGGAGGGAGGGAGAAGAUAGAGAUCGUGCUGAACGAGCUGCUGGGGAAGAAGGUGAGGGUGAAAUGAAACCAGGACGACUUUAAGAAGCUGGUCGUGGCCCAGACGAGAGUUAAGAGCCUGAAUUCGACGAGAAUUCGUGCAUGGUUGAGAAUCAACUACCCUUUGGUGGAAUGGAAGUAUAGGUUUUAUAAGCAUAUUCCAGAAUGGAUAAUAUCCCCUGACAUGAGAGCAGUUCCAGCCUUCCAGGUAAGACCAUGACCAUGCUCUUGCAGGAGCAGAUGCAGCAGCCAGGGGAUCAUUAAUCACUCAAUCCACCAACCAAAUAUCGUCAUUGCCGAGCUCUGUUAGUAGAUACAGGAUAUGGAAUGGACCACAGGGCUGACACCAGCAUUGACUGACAGACUGAGUGAGAAGUGAAGGCAGUCAUUUAGGCUAGGCGCACACAGUUUUCCACCAUAUGUUGUUUUCCAUUCAUUUUGUCUAUACACGAUUGAUUGCUCAUUUUGCCAAAUUUGGUACCUGGAUGGCUCUGCAUCUUGCUCUCCCAUGGAAGAAAGGAAGAAAGAAAGCUGUUUUUGAAGUGGUCCUUUCCUUUCCGUGUACAGUGUACUGCAUAAUAGAGAACCGGUUAUACUGUACUGUACCGGAUGUUAUGCCGGAGAAGUGAAUGGGUAGAUAUUUUGUAUUAAAAUCGUGGUUUAACUGUGAUUGAACCGUUUCCUACCGCAUAUCGUUUUGAAUCCGGUAUCUGGUAUUUCCAGUCCGACCGACCGGUACGGUAGAGUUUCCUAAACCUUGCAUCAAAUACACCAGCAAGUGCUAGCUAGAAAUAGGGGUAGUGGGAUAGAGUUCACUGUCUUGUCCCAUCUCCAUCAUGAGACUGAUCAGUUAUGUACCUAUGUAGUAUGUGUUGAAUAAGUUCAAUCCUUAUCCCUUGCGGAUACCCACGAGUCUAUCAUUUAAUUUAAUGACACUGCUGUGAUAUAUUUCUGCCCUGGCUAUGACUUCACUUCACUUUGUAUCUGCCAACCACCCUUACCAUCAAUUAAUAAAACCAUAUGUCUUAGUCUUAGCUAGAGAGGAAAAAAACUCCAUCCUUGCCCAACAUUAAACACCUAAAAGGGAAGUUAUAGGUCUUCAAUCAGAUUCAUGGUUCUAUGUUGUUCGAAAUGAAUGAAUGAAUGAAUGAAUGAAUGAAUGAGACAAUAAAGAAGAGGUAUAUCAAGUCCCCAUUUGAUGCCCAUUUCAUUCACAUAACUAAGGAACAAGGACUCUCACCAUUUGAUGUGUGAUUGAUAGUUCAUUUUCUUUAGUAUUUAUGUUAGCCAACAACCCCAAUGUAGAGUAUGUAGAUGUAAAGUUCUCCUUUGGACAUCUCAAGGUAACUCAAGUUAUUUAGAUAAACUGUUUUCUCCAUCAACGAUAAUGACUAGAAUUUGUCAAUUAUGACGGUUUUUUUUUUCUGGAGGGUAUUUUCGUAAUUUUUGGUGAUUUUUCUAAAGGUCAUUUUCCUUGGAUUUUGCAGACUAUAGAUCAAGUAUUGGACCUGAUACUAUUCUUCACCGAUUUGGAUGGAUUUUUUCUGAUACUGUUUUUGACGGAUUCCGAAAAGAGGUAACAUCACAGAUUCUUAGCAAUUUUUCGAAAUACCGUUUUCCUUUGAUUUUGAAGGUUACAGAUAACUGAUUUGACAUGAGGCUAUUCUUUACCGAUAAUGAAGUCUACUAAGCAGCAAAUUUUCUUAAUAAUUGGUGAAUAGGAUAAAUAGACUUCAUUAUCGGUAAAGAAUAGUCUAGGGAUGAAUCCGUGAUCUGUAACCUUCAAAAUUGUAAGAAAAUGACAUUUUGGAAAAAUCGCUCGAAUUAUGUGAUUGUAGCCCUUUCUAAUUUGCCAAAAUAGACUCGGAAGAAUCCACCCAAAUCGGAGAUUAAUGGACUUAAUCAUCGUUGAAGAAUAGCCUCAGGCCGAAUCCGUGAUAUGUAGCCCUAAAAAUCCAAGGACGAUGGCCUUUAAAAAAUUUUCCCUAAAAAUAACAAAAUAUCAUCCCAAAAUAAAUUUGCCCAUUUCGGUACUUUAUUAACUUAAUCAUCGGUGGAGAAUAGGAUCAAUAGACUUCAUUAUCGUUGGAGAAUAUCCUCGAGUUGAAUCCUUGAUUUGUAGCCUCCAAAAUCGAAAGAAAAUGACAUUUCGGAAUAAUCGAUAGAAUUCUGUGAUGGUACCCCCUUUGGAAUCUGCAAAAAAUGGAGUCGGAAGAAAUCCGUCUAAAUCGGUUAUUAAUGGACUUAAUCAUUGUUGAAGAAUAGUGUCAGUCGAAUCCGUGAUAUGUAGCCUUCAAAAUCCAGGGAAAAUGGUCUUUCAAAAAACAAUUGCCCAAAAAAUUACAAAAAUACCAUCCAAAUAUAAAUUGGGCCAGGUGCUUAAUGGACUUAAUCAUCGGCGGAGAAUAGGAUCAAUAGGCUUCAUUAUCGGUGGAGAGUAGCCUGCGGCGGAAUCUGUGAUUUGUUGUCUCCAAAAUCGAAAGAAAAAGGCAUUUCGGAAAAAUCGCACGAAAUCUCUAAUGGUACCCCUUUGUAGUCGGCGAAAAUGGACGCGAAAGAAAUCCGCCCAAAUCGGUGAUUAAUGAACUAAAUCAUUCUUGAAGAAUACACUCAGGAAGAUUCGUGAUUUGCAGCCUUCAAAAUCCAAGGAAAAUGGUCUUUCCAAAAAUUGCCGAAAUUUACGAAAAUGCCAUCUUAAAAUAAAUUGGCCAAAUUCGGUGCUUAAUGGACUUAAUCAUUGAUGGAGAAUAGGAUCAAUAGACUUCAUUAUCGGUGGAGAAUAGCCUCCGAUUGAAUCCGUGAUCUAUAGCCUCCAAAAUCGGGAAAAAUUGCAUUUCGAAAAACCGGCCGAAAUUAGGGUUUGUAGCCCUUUGGAAUAUGCAAAAAAUGGACCAGGGAGAAAUUCGCCCAAAUCGGUGCUCAAUGGACUUAAUCAUCGUUGAAAAAUAGGCUCAGGUCGAAUCUGUGAUCUGUAGCCUCUAAAAUCUAAAGAAAAUGACAUUUCAGAAAAAUCGUCUGAAACAUGUGAUGGAACCCCUUUGGAAUUUGCCAAAAUUGACUGGGAAGAAAUCCGUCGCAAUUGUGAUUAAUGGACUUAAUCAUCGUUGAAGAAUAUUCUUAGGCCGAAUUUGUGAUUUACUGCCUUCAAAAUCCAAGGAAAAUUUUCUUUCGAAAAAAACACUUAAAAAAAAUAUGAAAAUGCCAUCCCAAAAUAAAUCGUCCCAAUUUGGGGCUUAUGGACUUAAUCAUCGAGGGAGAAUAGGAUCAAUAGCAUUCAUUAUUGGUGGAGAAUAGCCAUAGAGUGAAUUCGUGAUAUCUAGCCUCCAAAAUCGAAAGAAAAUUGCAUUACAAAAAAAUUGCGUGAAAUCUGUAAUGAUACCUCUUUGGAAUAUGCCAAAAUGGAUCAGGGAUAAAUCCGCCCAAAUCGGUGUUUAAUGGACUUAAUCAUCGUUGACGAAUAGCGUCAGGUCAAAUCUGUGAUUUGUAACCUUCAAAAUCCAAGGAAAGUGGCUUUUCGGAAAAAUCGCUUAAAAAUUAUGAAAAUGUCAUCCCAAAAUAAACAAGAAAUCUGUUAUGGUAGCCCUUUGGAAUCUGCCAAAAAUUGACUCAAAAUAAAUCAUCCCAAAUCGGUGCUUAAUGAACUUAAUCAUCGUUGAAGAAUAGCCUCAGUCCGAAUCAAUGACAUGUAGCCUUCAAAAUCGAAAGAAAAUGGUCUUUCGUCGCCCAAAAAAUUACGAAAAUGCCACCCGAAAAAUAAAUUGGCCCAAACCGGUGCUUAAUGAAUUUAUCAUCCGUAGAGAAUAAGAUCAAUAGACUUCAUUAUCGGUGGAGAAUAGCCUCGGCCUGAUUCCGUGUUGUGUAGCCUACGGAAUCGAAAGAAAAUGACAUUUAGGAAAAAUCGCAAGAAAUCUGUGAUGAUACCCCUUUGGAAUCUGCCAAAAAUUGACCCAGAAUAAAUCAUCCCAAAUCGAUGUUUAAUGGUCGUAAUCAUCGUUGAAGAAUAGCAUCAGUCCGAAUCAAUGACAUGUAGCCUUCAAAAUCCAAAGAAAAUGGUCUUUCGUCACCCAAAAAAUUACGAAAAUGCCAUCUUAAAAUAAAUUUGCCCAAAUUGGUGCUUAAUGCACUUAUCAUCCGUGGACAAUAGGAUCAAUAGACUUCAUUUUCACACGAAAUCCGUGACUUGUAGCUUUCAAAAUCCAAGGAAAAUGGCCUUUCGUCGACCAAAAAAUUACGAAAAUGUCAUCCAAAAUAAAUUGGCCCAAACCUGUACUUAAUGCACUUAUCAUCCGUGAAGUAUAGGAUCAAUAGACUUCAUCAUCGGUGGAGAAUAGUCUCGGACUGAUUCCGUGAUCUGUAGCCUCCAGAAUCGAAAGAAAAUGACAUUGCGGAAAAAUCGCCGGAAAUCUGUGAUGGUACCCCUUUGGAAUCUGUCAAAAAUUGUCUUUGAAUAAAUCUGGCCAAAUCGGUGCUUAAUGGACUUAAUCAUCGAUGAAAAAUAGUCUCAGGCCGAAUCCGUGACCUGUAGCUUUCAAAAUACAAAGAAAAAGGCCUUUUAUAACGCAAAAAAUUACGAAAAUGUCAUCCGAAAAUAAAUUGGCCUUAACCGGUGCUUAAUUUUCUUAUCAUCCAUGUAGAAUAUGAUCAAUAGACUUCAUUAACGGUGGAGAAUAGCCUCACCCUGAUUCUGUGAUCUGUAGCCUCCGGAAUCUAAAGAAAAUGACAUUUCGGAAAAUCGCCGGAAAUCUGUGAUGGUACCGCUUUGGAAUCUGCCAAAAAUUGACCCGGAAUAAAUCCUCCCAAAUCGGUGCUUAAUGGACUUAAUCAUCGUUGAAGAAUAGCCUCAGGCCGAAUAAAUGACCUGUAGCCUU